AUGAGCACGUUUAACUUGUGGCUGUCCGUGCUGUUCGCCUUCGGGGUUUCCGCAUCUCGUGGUCAAGAUACCGGUCAGUGCAUGGAUGGGAUCACAGUCAACGUGAUCCUGCUGGAGGACGAGGAGUCUCCCUGGAGCCUGAAGUAUGUGGGGGGACAAAUCCUGGAGGCCGUCGAGAAGGAUGGGGCCAUCAAUGCUGCAGAAGGUAUGGAGUUCAACCUCACAGUCAACUUUGAAGGGUUCAACACAACUGUUUAUCGCCAAAGAGGCUGCAUAACGAGCGCGUGCGAGGGAGCAGAGAAGCUCAACAAACUGAUGGUUACAGGUGAGCUGGGAUGUGCCGUGCUCGGACCCACCUGCACCUACGCCACUUUUGCAAUAACCGAUGCAGAAAAAGGCUUCAACCUCAGCACCCCCAUCAUCUCAGCUGGAAGCUUCGGCUCCUCCUGCGACUACGCCACCAACCUGCAGCGCGUCCUGCCGCCGGCCCGCAAGAUCUCCGACUUUUUCAUGAACUUCUGGAAAGAAAAAUUCCCCAUCAAACCGAAGUGGAAGACGACCUACGUCUACAAACGGCAGAGCAACACGGAGGACUGCUUAUGGUACAUCGGAGCGCUGGAAGCAGACGGCAGGUUUGAGGUAAACGUGAGCAGAACGAUGCUGCGCCAUCCCAGUGACCUGAAGGACGUUCUGGACUCUCAGGAGAACAGAACCAGCAACCUCUUCAUCCUGUGCGGCUCACCGAUGGACCUGAAGGAAGUGAAGAACAUCUCUGAUGCUGCAGACAACUUGGAUAUUCUCUUCAUUCUCAUCGAUCUUUACAAUGAUAUUUACUACACCAACACAACAUCAAUGCCGGAGAUGAGGAACGUGCUGGUGCUGACCAUGCCCGACACCAGAACCUACACCAUCAACCCGGACCUCACAGGCAACGACACGAUGAAUGACUACAUGGCUGCCUACCACGACUCUUUGCUGCUGGUGGGUCAAGUCAUGAGAGAAAUCGCACGAAAAAACCAGUCGGAGAUGCAAAUGAUGGAAUACGUCAACUCGGAUUACUUCCGGAACGUCUCAUUUAACGGAAUUGGUGGCCAUUAUAAACUGGACCGUCAUGGAGACAGAGACGUGAACUUCUCAGUUAUUUACACCACGACUGACAAUAAGUACAAGAUUUUAUUCUCCUUUGACACUGAAACCAACAAGACCAAACAGAUGGAUCCAUCUCCAACCUUCAUCUGGGCAAAGGCGCUUCCGGACGACAAACCAGGCACCGAACUGGAGACUCAAGACAUCAUAGUGGUGGUGCUGGGCGUCACGGUGGCCGUGGUCGCCACGCUGGCCUUUAUUUUUUACAGACAGAACAGAAAAGACCGUCUGCUCAGGAAACGCUGGUCUCACAUUAACCCUGAUCUCAUCUCACUGCUGGAGAACAACGAACACAACAUCGUCUCCCUGAAGAUAGAAGAAGAGAGAAAGAAAAAAUUCCAGAUCCGCCGGGCGCUCUACGAUAAGAAGAUCGUGAUCCUGAAGGAGCUCAAGAAGUCUGAUGGGAACUUCAACAAAGCCCAGAGGAUCGAGCUCAACGCGCUUCUGCACAUCGACUAUUACAGCCUCACAAAGUUUUAUGGCACGGUGAAGUUUGAUCAGGGAGUGUUUGGAGUCUUUGAGUACGGACAACGGGGGUCACUGCGGUAUGUGCUGAACGAUAAAGUGUCGUACCCGGAGGGAACCUUCAUGGACUGGGAGUUCAAAAUAUCCGUCAUGUACGACAUCGCAAAGGGCAUGUCCUACCUCCACGCCAGUGACGUCCAGGUCCACGGCCGCCUGAAGUCCACCAACUGCGUGGUGGACAACCGCAUGGUGGUGAAGAUCACAGACUUCGGCUGCAACGCCUUUCUCAGCCAGGAACACGACCUGUGGACGGCGCCGGAGCACCUGAGGGAGGAGGGCACCUCUCAGAAGGGAGAUGUCUACAGCUUCGCCAUCAUCUGCCAGGAGAUCGUCCUCAGGAGGAGCACCUUCUACACCGAGGCCUGCUUGAAGAGAUCAGAGAAGCUGUCCAGAGUCAUCGCAUCCUACUUCAGGCCUGAUCUGAACCUGGAGACAGCUUCAGAGAAAGAAUCGGAGGUUUAUAUGUUAAUACGAAGCUGCUGGGAAGAAGAUCCAGAAAAGAGACCCGACUUUAAGAAAGUGGAAGGCCUGCUGGGUAAAAUCAUCAGUAAAAUUCACAACCAGGACAAUGAGAGCUACAUGGACAACAUGAUGCGGCGGCUGCAGAUGUACUCCAGGAACCUGGAGCACCUGGUGGAGGAGAGGACGGCGCUGUACAAAGCGGAGCGGGAUCGAGCCGACUGCCUCAACUUCAUGCUGCUCCCUCGGCCGGUGGUGAAGAGCCUGAAGGAGUCCGGCGUGGUGGAACCGGAGCUCUACGAUGAGGUGACGAUUUACUUCAGCGACAUCGUGGGCUUCACCACCCUGUGCCAGUACAGCACGCCCAUGGAGGUGGUGGACAUGCUCAAUGACAUCUACAAGGGCUUCGACAGCAUCGUGGACCACCAUGACGUCUACAAGGUGGAGACCAUCGGCGACGCGUACAUGGUCGCCUCCGGUCUGCCCAACAGAAACGGGAACAUGCACGCGGUGGACAUCUGCCGCAUGGCGCUGGACAUCCGGAGAACGUCCAGCGUCUGCAGCAGGACCUGGCUCACAUGAUCCUGGCGUGUCUGGAGCGCCGCUCCCGAGGAUCCGUCCGGAGGAAGAAGCAGCACGAGGACCGAGGCAAAAAGGAUGAAGACGAGGAGUCGGGGGUGGAGUCUGAGAGCAGCCACCCCGAGUACCUCCACCUGGCCACAGUGGACAACACGCUGAGCACCUUCCUGUAGAGCAGAGCUCCUCACCGGAGAGGCGAGUGGACAAGAGGGCUGAAGGAGCUUUGAGUUCUUGUUACGACCGACCGACUUCAGCUUGAUGAUCCUCAGAGAAGAAGCUGAACUUCAUGAAACCUCGAGAACUUUGAAAGGACUUUCUCCAUCUUCCCUCUGAGGUCGAUUCAUUCAUCUUCAUCUUUCUUAACACAUAAUUAAAACAUUUCUGAGGAGGUUUCUCUUUUUGAGAAAACAAGCUUUAGUUUUAGUUUUUCUUCAAACUUUUUCUUUCUAAAAUAUUUUAAAAAGUUGUUGAAUUUGUUCUCUGAGGCUGUUUUAGAUCUGAUGUCAAACCAGACAAAAAUAAACGGAAAAACAUUUAUGUUUCAACUGAGACUGGAUUAUUGGACCAGUAAAACUUUGUAUUAGGACCUCUAGUGGUUAGUUGGUGAACUGAUCUGGCUCCAGUCUUUUUUAAUCAUUUUGAAGUCAAAGAGUUGUUUAGAAUUAACAAAUAAUAAAAAA